AUGAAACACUCAUUCACACUUGUGGUCACUGUUCUAAUUUCUAUUCUGAUAUUUGAUGUAGAAGGAUUCUUCUUUGGAGCAGCAGGCGGAGGUGGAGCUUGUGGUUGCUCACGAGCACCCGUAUGUCCUCCUCCUCCACCACCUUCGGGAUGCUCUGGAGGCGGCAGAGCUGUUGCUAGAGGAGCCAAGACUAUGUCAUUCGAUCAGCCGAUCCCCCAAAAUACUCCACAGGCACCACGGGUUUAUACAGUUCCCGAUGAACUUGAUUUGAGAGCUGCUGCAUUCGGAGUUCCAAUCCAGCCACAACCUCAAUACUCAAUCUUCGACGUUCUACAUAAUUUGGGUGAAAGUAGCGAUAGUCCGGCACAGCAGUUGGUCGUCGCUGACGGAAGUACGAAUACUGAUUAUUUCCCGAAAGAAAACGAUGAGGAUCUGACUGUUUCGGAGAUGACGGGAAAUAGUGAUGUAGAAUUAUACAAGUCGAAAGAAAUUCGUAGAGCGCCCGCUGAGCCAACUGUUCAUGUCCAUCGUGAUGGUAAUGUUGAAACUACAACAAUUUCUUCAGAUAAUCUGAAUGGUGCAGCUGAAGAAGACAACUUUGAUAAAAACAAGUGUAGCAGUUCAGUUUUAAGAAAACUCAUGCUUGAACACAUUACCGACAGCUCAGCCGAAUCAAAAAGAAACAUCAACAUCGCCGCUGAAGGAAAAUUCGGAGGAAACGUUGACGUUAUCUGUUCCCGAGGGCACUUUUCCUAUAUUUUUACUUCAAAUCUGUAUUGCGAAACAACGAAAGGGCUUACAACCUGCAUCGCCUUCCGACAAUCCGAUAAAGUUAGAAGGAGGAGAUAA